AUGUCUUCCAACAACAAGAUGGCCUCCCUGGCCGUGGUUGACUACGAAGCCCUCGCAAACAAAGACGCCGGUGAGAUCCAGCGGCUCGUGACGGCCUGCCAAACGGUGGGCAUGUUCUACCUGAACCUCGGGAGUUCCAACAUGAGCACCGUCCUCGAGGACGUACCAGCCAUCUUCCAUACCGGGCAUGCCUUCUUCAAUCUUCCGCGAAAUGGCGAGGAAAAGACGCAAAGCGCCCGCGAGGGCAUGGAGCGAGGUUACCACGCCGGCAAGGGGUUCGAAUAUUACGAGAUUCCACGGGACGAGUACCAAGGCGGCAAAUGGCUCUUGCCGGCCACGUUCGAGCCGGAAAAGGAGCGCAUCACGCGCACCAUGGAUUGCUUCCACCGGGCCAUCCAGACGGUCAUUGCCGAGCUGUCUGCCGCCGUGGGCAUCAGCAUCCCCGAGAUAAGCGACGACGCCGCCAUGCCCAGCGACACGGCUCUCAAGCUGCUGUACAAGCCCCCGAUGCAUGAGGCAGGCCAUGUUAUUCACCCCUGGCACACCGAUUUCGGCCUCGCUACCCUGCUGUGGUACGACGAGGUGACGACGCAGAUUCCAGUCUACGACAAGGAGGGGAAGCAGACGGAUGACUGGGAGACGGUUCCGGUCGUCGAUGGAGCUGUGCUUGUCAACAUCGCGGAUGAGCUCGCGGCCAGGUCGGGCGGACGCCUGCACUCGACGGUGCACCGCGUCGUAGCGCCCCCGGGACCCAAGAGGGUGAGGAACGGCAUGAUCUAUCUUCUCCGGCCGUACAAGGCUUGA